UUUUUCCUGACAGAUACAGGGGAUGACAACUACUGCCAAAAUGACAGAGAACGGUGCACAAUUGUUUGCUAGGUUGGAGGGGAGAUGGUCAUUGAGGGACAUUGAACCUCACAUCUUUCCUGAUGGUGCUGGACCUAUUCAAGGUGACGUAGUGGAGUUCCAUGGCACCGAGGGAAGUGGAAAGACUGAGACCAUGUACCAUCUGGUGACCCACUGCAUCCUCCCAGCCGACCGGGGGGGCCUGGAAGUGGAAGUCAUGUACGUGGACACCGACUACCACUUUGACAUGCUGAGGCUGGUGACAGUACUGGAGCAGCGCCUGGGGGAGGACGCAAAAGGAGAGGACAGUGGGGCGGCGGUAGAGCCUGAGGAGAGGGUGCGAGCCUGCCUAGGCCGACUCUUCGUGGUUCACUGCUCCAGCUCAGUCCAGCUGCUUCUCACACUGCACUACCUGGAGAAUACCUUCUGCAGCCGGCCCACUCUGUGCCUAUUGGUUAUCGACAGCAUCUCAGCCUUCUAUUGGGUGGACCGAAGUGGGGGAGGGGAGAGUGUGGCAAAGCAGGAAGCCAACCUCAGGAAGUGUUCAGAGCUCCUGGAUCGGCUGCUGAGAGACUACCGUAUAGUGGUGUUCGCCACCACGCACGCCAUCAUGAGGAACUACGGGCACUCGGCUCAGGCUGACUUGGCGGCCAUGACACCUGGGCCCUCUGAGCCAUCCUCAUCGUCUUCCUCCUGGAGACAGUGGUCCUCCUCUCAUGCCUCAAACUUUGACAAGGCCUACCUCAGCAGGGCCUGGCAGAGGCUGGUGACACACAGAGUGCUGUUUUCCAAAGGAGAGGUGACCAAGGACAGAAAGCAGGUGUUUUCAGCUGCAUGCACCACCACAAGUACAAGAGGCACGAAAUGCUCAUCUUUUUGUGUUAUGGAAGGGGGUAUUCAGUUUUUAUGAAGAUGUUGUUGAACUCAAUUGAUUGAAUUCUAUUCUGAUUCUGGAUGUGUUAAACUGAUAUUAGAUGCUACAGCAACUUUUAGUGAUUUUAUUUCUUACAUUUGUUGGAUUAUUUUAAUCCACCAAAUGUGGAUGCUAUUAUGUUUCAUGUUUGUGUCAUUUGUAAAAUAAUAAAUCAAUACAAAAUAAGUACGAUAGGGCAACUGUUACAGAGGUUGCAAAUGUUUUGAAACAGUCUGAAUACUUUUGAAUAACUGUAUGCUUUAGAAGACAUUCUAAAACCCUGUUUUUGCUUUGUCAUUAUGGGGAAUUUUGUGAUGGUUGAUGAGAGGGAAAAAACUAUUUAAUACAUUUUAGAAUACGGUGUAACUUAACAAAAUUAGGAAAAAGUCAAGGGGUCUCAAUAAUUUCAUACACUGUACAUUCAGUGUCUUCAAAAAGUAUUCAUACCCCUUGACUUAUUCCACAUGUGGUUGUGUUACAGCCUGAAUUUAAGAUUUAAGAAAAUCUCACCCAUCCACACAAUACCCCAUAAUGACAAAGUGAAAACAUAUUUUUUGAAAUUCUGGCAAAUUUAUUGAAAAUUAAAUACAGAAAUAUGUAAUUUACAUAAGUAUUCACACCCCUGAGUCAAUACUUUGUAGAAGCACCAUUGGCAGCGAUUAGUCUUUCUGGGUAAGUCUCUUAAGAUAUUUCCACAGCUGGAUUGUGUAACAUUUGCCUAUUUAUUAUUUUCACAUUUCUUCAAGGUCUCUUAUAUUGGUUGUUGAUCUCAUUGCUAGACAACCAUUUUCAGGUCUUGCCAUAGAAUUUCAAAUCCAAUCAAUCAAUCAAAUGUAUUUAUAAAGCCCUUCUUACAUGAGCUGAUGUCACAAAGUGCUGUAUAGAAACCCAGCCUAAAUCAAACUUUAUUUGUCACAUGCGCCAAAUACAGAAGUGUAGACCUUACCGUGAAAUGCUUACUUAUAAGCCCGUAACCAACAGUGCGGUUCAAGAAGAGUUAAGGAAAUAUUUACCAAGGAGACUAAAGUAAAAAAAAAUAAUGAAAAAUAACACAAGAAUAACGGGGCUAUAUACAGGGGGUACCGGUACCGAGUCAGUGUACGGGGGUACAGGUUAAUUGAGGUAAUUUGUACAUGAAGUGACUAUGCAUAUAGAUGAUAAGCAACGAGUAGC